AUGGCCCGCCUGCUCGCCCUGGCGGUCGUCGCCGCGGCCUACGGGCCGACGAAGCCCUACCAGCGCGCGGUUCCGAGCGUCGCCCGGCGAACGACGCCGUCGCGCCCCGCGCCGCUCGCGCCCCUGUCGGCCUACAACUCGACGUCGGUCCCCGAGGAGUUCAACCUCAACGAGGUCAUGGAGCGCGAGCGCGAGGAGGCGCCCGUGGAGCUGCCCGGCGCGGGCGACGACUUCGUCGAGCUCCCUAAACUCGGCGCGGCGCCCGGCGACGGGCGCAAGUCCCCGAGCGAGUUCGAGCUCAACCUCGGCGAGGCCAUCGACGCCCUCAAGGCCGACGUGCCGGACUUCCCCGACCGCGAGCCGAACUAUGCGGUCUACACGGCCGACGUCCAACUCGCGGACCCGACGGGCGUGCAGACGCGGGGCCUCACGUCCUACAAGCAGUUCUUCGCCAUGAUCCGCCUCUUCCGCCGCGUCAUGAUCGACCGCGCCGAGGUCACCUAUCGGUUGCGCUACGACUGGAGCGGCAAGCGCAUCAUCGUCACGUGGUACUCUUCCUGGACCGCGCGCGGGUCGCGGACGCCCGCGCACGUCGACGCGGUGUCCUACUUCCACCUCAACGAGGAGGGCCGCAUCUUCAAGCACGAGGUCGACCGCGUGCAGAUCAACGGCCAGAUGAUGAACCCGCCCUACUCCGUCGGCUGGCUCGCGUUCCGCCAGUACGUCUUGCAGGGCCUCGACGGCGCGCCCGCGCCGGCGGGCGCGGGCGCGCAGGCCUGGUUCGACGCGCGGCACCGCCUCGAGGCCGCGGUUACGGACGCCGACGUCCUCUUCUCCGGCACGGACGUCGCCGCGGAGCCGCCCGCGAAGGCGAAGAAGGCCGGCCGCUCGAAGAACCUCAAGAAGAAGUCGCCGCUGGGCAAGCUCAAGCCGGGCACCUGCGAGAACAUGUGGGACUGCGACUCGCCCAUGCAGUGCUGCGACUUCGUCCUCUUCAAGAUGUGCUGCAACGGCGGCGUGGGCAUCCCCGCGUUCCAGCCCGCGCUCGUGCCCAUCCCCAUCCCCGUGGAGCGGGACCCCUACCCGAACCAGCCCCCGCCGCCGGGCAGCCGCUGGUGA